CAGUGAUUUGUAUUAUUUGUUGGAGUGCAGUGACCUAAGUUAUCAGUUUUCAAACACAAUAAAAACCAAGCACAACAUCAUCUUCAAAUAAUGAACUGAAUUGCACUCCACAAAAAAAAACCAAAAAUGUAUUUUGACGAGACAGGGUUAGCCAUGGUUGCUUCUCCGGAAGCUGCUCAUUUGGUUGGGAUGGAUUCUGAGUAUGUACAAACUCAGUGUAUAUUUGCUGAUGGUGCUGAGAGAUUUGGAGUUUCUGCUAUUGCAUUUGAUAAGACAGAAGAGUUAGUAUGGAUGGGAAAUCAAGGAGGUCACGUCACAUCUUACUUUACUGGAGCAAUGCAAAAGUACACCUCUUUCCAAGUACAUGCCACACAAGACGUCCGUCAAAUCAUAACUGUGGAUAAUGGAAUUUUAGCAUUGACUGCCAGUUCCUUGAGAUAUCAGAUGAGAAGAGGUAUACCGCUUUUAACUCACACGGGCCCUAAUUUGAAUGAAAUGCAAUGCAUGCUUCAAGUUUCACCUUCAAGGAUUCUCAUGGGGGGACAUCAAAGCAAACUCAUUGAUUUCAAUAUUGAAUAUUCAAGAGAAUUGACAACAGUUGAUGUAGGAGAUACUGGUUGUGUGAUGAUGAGGCCACAUUCAAGAUUUGUCCUUUGCGGUAAUCCUCUCGGUAGAAUAGAUCUCAGAGAUCCGAUUUCAUUGAAUGUUGAACAUAAACUGGAAACCCAUAGUGGAAGCCUGAGUGAUUUCGAUGUCCAAGGUAACCUCUUGGUCACAUGCGGUUUCAGUACUAGGCAUGGUAAUUUGACAGUCGAUAGGUUUCUGAAGGUUUACGAUCUGCGAAUGAUGAGAGCUAUAUCUCCUAUAGCUGUGGUUACCGAUCCUUUGUACCUGAGAUUUUUACCAUCUGUUUCGUCCAGGUUAGUUGUAGUGUCUGGUAUUGGUCAGAUACAACUUUGUGAUACUAUAGCCUUAGCAGAACCAAGGAUUUGUUUGCAUCAAAUUGAUCCCCCUGGUGGAAUGUGCAUGACAUUCGACAUAUCAGCAUCUAGUCAAGCAAUGGCAUUUGGCGAUAAUAUGGGCCAAAUUCAUCUAUUUUCUACAUGCCCUGAGCCAAUAUUCAACACAUAUUCGAAUAUCACAGAACACGCAGAUCAUGUUCUUCAGAUACCCUCUUUUGACAUUGGUGAUUUCAAUGUACCUUUGGCAUCUGUGCCAAUGCCGGUGGUUGGUCCUCACGUUACCUUGUCUUCCACAUGGCCUGAACAACUAACUCAAAAAGUUUACAGAAAAGCACCAAGAAUAGAUCCGGAAAUUCUUCGUACUAUGAAAAUGCAGGGACCAAUCGGAUACGCACCAAAUCCUAGGAACGUUAGGAGAAACCAAGUUAUCUAUAAUCUUGGAAGGAAUGGCUACCCUAUGAGCUCCAAACACGCGCCGGAAAACAAGGCGAAGAUUUCAGACGACAACUCCAAUUUCGUCGCUAUCCCAAAACGUUACAGGAAAUUAGAUGUGAAAUAUAACAAGUUAGGCAGUGAUGAUUUUCAAUUCGAUCAGUACAAUAAGACUGUGUUUUCUGGUUUGGAGUCGACGUUGCCCAACGCAUACUGCAACGGAAUGCUGCAGGUACUGUACUUCUCGGAACCUCUAAGGGCUGCAUUGAUGUCCCAUCUGUGCGAUAAGGAAUUCUGUCUAUCCUGCGAACUCGGUUUUCUCUUCCACAUGUUGUCUCUGUCAAAUACGGUUCCUUGUCAGCCUGGUAAUUUUCUCCGAGCUUUCCGUACCGUCCCAGAGGCUUCUGCUCUUAGUUUGAUUCUCAGCGAUCUCCAUGCUGAGGCCAAGAGUAAAGUAGAUCUAUGUGCAUUGAUUCAGAGUUGGAAUAGAUUCAUGCUGCACCAAAUGCAUGUGGAACUGAUUGAGAAUAAAAAGAAGAAGGAGGAGAGGAAGGCCACGAGGAAACCUUUCGUUUACAGGGAAACCGAUUUUCCGAAAAUAUCCAACGAAAGGAAGAGAUCUAACGGUGGUAUUAGUGAGAUCAAGAUCGAGGAAGAGAAACGAGAGGAAGAAUCCGAAAUAAGCAAUCUCUUCGGUACAAAACAAUUGCAAAUUAAUAAAUGCUUGAAAUGUUCCAACACCGUCAAAAAAGAAUCCAUGUCGCUAGCUUGCAAUCUCAAUUACCCCACAUACGAGCCUGAGAGAGACGAGUGGAGCUUUUGUGACAUCUUGAAAAGGUCUCUUUGUCCCCAACAAACCACCCCGGCUUGGUGCGAUUAUUGCGGAAAAUUCACACCCACCACGCAAAGGAGGAUACUGCAGUCCUUACCCAAGCUUCUGGCCAUCAAUACGGGCCUGCAUAACCCCGCGCACAAGCAGUUCUGGCAGAAUCAGAUGGACAAAGUAGUGGCUAAAGCCAACAUACCGGAUACCAUAAGGUCCUCCACCCCCAACCCGGGAAUGAGCACUAAACCCUGUAGAUAUGGAGACAGUUGUUCGAGAUUGGGGUGUAGGUUUAGGCACAGUUUCGACAAUGCCCCUCCUCCGAUCCCUUCGAACAAUCCCUAUUGUAGUAACAACUGGCUACCGCUGUCUUUACAUAUGAGUCUCAAGAAUGAUAUUCUUACCAUCGUGAAAGAAGAAGAAGAUAAAUCAACAUCCGUCAAAGAGAAUGGCAUCGAUCAUAGCAAUGAAUUAUCGACGAACUAUCAGCUGUCAGCUGUCGUUUGCUACGUGAAAGACACCGGCACCAAUGGCAACAACGAUAAACAUAACCUAGUAGCGUUGAUCAAAGUACCUGACUGUUACAUUCCGAAAGGAGUUGAAAUAUCCGACAACAAGUGGUACCUCUUCAACGAUUUCAGCAUAUGUCCGGUGCCCGCUCAGGAAGUGGUUUGGUUCAGCCUCGACUGGAAAACUCCUUGCGUACUGUUUUACUCCACGCCCGAAGUCCUAGGGGCUUCGACGGAGGUCCAUCCGACGCUCACGAGGGAGGUGUUCACCGAGGACGUCUGUCUGGCCAGAAACGGUGGUACGGCCGGUAUUACCUUCACGCCGUUGAAUGACAGCGAAACUCUGAAACCGGGCGAUUUGGUAGCUAUGGACGCGGAGUUUGUGACGCUGAACCAGGAGGAAUCGGAACUGCGCAGCGAUGGUAAACUGUCAACUGUCAAACCGUCCCAAAUGUCAGUUGCGAGGAUAACCUGUAUCAGGGGUCAAGGCAUUCUGGAAGGUACUCCCUUCAUCGAUGAUUACAUCUCCACCCAAGAGCAAGUAGUGGAUUACCUGACGAAAUUUUCGGGGAUCAAACCGGGAGACUUGGACGCCAAUUUUAGCUCGAAACAUCUGACUACGCUCAAAUCGACGUAUAUGAAGUUGAGGUAUCUUCAGGAUAUAGGGGUGAUUUUUGUUGGCCACGGAUUGAAGAACGAUUUCAGGGUCAUUAAUUUGGUGGUUCCGCCGGAACAAGUUGUGGAUACGGUGUUUUUGUUUCAUCUUCCUCACCACAGGAUGGUAUCCUUGAGGUUUUUGGCCUGGCAUUUCCUGGGUUCGAAGAUACAGGCUGAAACGCACGACUCGGUGGAGGACGCUAGGGCUGCUUUGCAGUUGUACAAAAAAUACAAACAGUUGGAGGCUCAGAACAAAGUGGGAGAAGCAUUGGCAGAAUUGUAUGAAAGGGGAAAAAUGUUAAACUGGAAAGUUCCCCCCGAUUAAACGUUUCUAUUUUUACUUUUGUCUUAUUAUUUUUGUUAUCGUCGAUCAAUUCAAAUAACUUAUAUUUUACAUACCUAGAAAACGUAUUUUUGCAUUUAUUGAAAAAAUCAGAGACUCAUUCCGGAAGUUCGUCGUCCAAAUCCAUUCAGAAAGUAUAAUUGUCAGCCUGGAUAUUUUAAUAGUAAAUUAUUUUUUGAUAUUUUCAAUAAAAUAUGUUUUAAUAAGG